AUGUCUCUCCUCGUCCUUUCCGCGCCCGACGUCCUCCGCGUAACCCAGUCAUUCAAGCCCCCGGAGCUCGUCGCGCUCAUGGCCGCCGUCUUCGCCCGCCUCUCCGCCCCCACCCCCGACCCCGGGCUCGCGCAGCCGCACCGCACCGUGCUCGCGCUCGCUCACCACACCGCGCUGUUCAUGCCUGCGCGCGUAUCUGGGGCGGGGACGACGCUCAAAGUUGUCUCGGUGCCCUCCCCGGAUGCGCCGGAGGAUGUAAGGGCGCGGGGGCUCCCGGCGAGCACGCUGGUGCUGGAUGAGCGCACGGGUGCUGUGAAGGCGGUGGUGAAUGCGCGGUUGUUGACUGCGCUGAGGAAUGCUGCUGGAUCACUCCUCGCCACCCAACUCCUGCUCCCAACCGAUGCCGCUCCAACGAACAUCGUAGCCGUCGGCGCCGGAGCACAGAUCCAAGCACAUCUCAACCUCUUCCUCGUCGCAUACCCCACCAUAAAGACGUGCACCAUCUUCAACCGCACGCAGAACGCCCGCCUAGCCUCGCUCCGCGAUCGCAUCGCCCUGGCUUUCCCUCACAUUCAUGUGUCCACUGGCUCUCUUAGCCCGGAUUCGACCAUGCGAGAAGCAGUCUCGAAGGCACAGGUCAUCAUCACCGCGACGUCCUCGACGGUCCCGCUAUUCCCCUCCGAGUUCGUCAGUCCAGGGACGCAUCUGUGCCUCAUCGGAUCCUACACGCCCGAGAUGCAUGAAAUAGACACUCCUCUGGUCCGUCGCGCGGGUAAGGUCGUCGUGGACCAGAAGGCCGCCUGUCUGAAGGAAGCUGGCGAACUGAUCACGGCAGGACUGCAAGAAAAGGACCUCGUCGAGCUGGGGACCCUCUACGACUGCGACCUCGACACUUCGGCGUGGUCGCCGGAUGCGACGAAGAUCGCAGACGUUCGGGCGAGUGGGGAUGUGACGAUCUUCAAGUCGGUCGGCGUCGGGGUGCAGGACGUCGUGAUCGCGAGCGCGGUGGCCGAUCGGGCGGCGGAGCUGGGGGCUGGGACCGUCGUUGGGGAUUACGACGCGGAGCUGCCGUGA